UUAUAAUUUUCACCCUUUGAAGAGUUUUGAAUUUUAGUUUUUAAUUUUUCAAGGAAAUUUCUCAUGUGAAAAAAAAUAUAUAUACAAUUGUUUAAACAUAUAUCAAGCAACUUCCAGCCUGUUUCCUCUUUCUCUAUCAAUCCUAUACGUCCCUGGACAUUAAAUACUCCUCCAGUCCACUCUCUCUCUGUGUCUUUCUAUCUAAUAUCGUCGAGGACGAGAUGCCGGCGAGUACUGAGUUCCCCGGAGGACAAGUCGCGGAGCACACGUCAGCUGAGGAUUUACUCAAGAAAUUUUCAUUUGAAGAACUAGCAAUUGCAACUCGUCAUUUCUCCAACAAACGAGUUCUUGGCAUCGGUGAUUUUGGUGAUGUCUAUGAAGGAAACCUCCCAAGUGGUGAGCUCAUUGCUAUUAAGAAACUUAAAUAUAUGCAGGAUGGUGAGCAGGAAGAAGAAAUCGAGAAUCAGAUUAAGGAGGUCGGCUCUGUGUCUCACCCAAAUCUUGUUAAGCUGGUUGGCUACUGCUGCGAGGAAGCCGAUAGACUGCUUGUAUUAGAGUUUGUUCCCAACAAAUCUUUGAAAUUUCAUCUGAGUGAUGAAAAGAAAAGAUCAAAGUUGAAGUGGUCAAUAAGAAUGGAAAUUGCUUUAGGCUCUGCGAGAGGUUUAGCAUAUCUGCAUGAACAAUGUUGCUGAUUUUGGGCUUGCUAAAAUUUUUCCAGAAAUUAAUAUCAGACACAUUCCUGCCGAUAAAAAAGAGGCUACCAUUUAUACGGAUUCAGAAAAUUCCAAUGAAAAAUCGGAUGUUUAUUCUUUUGGAAUUAUACUUCUAGAACUCAUCAGUGGAAGAAAAAUUCAUGAAAGUAAUCUUGAUAUCGUGAAUUGGGCGAAACCUCUAAUGACAAAAGGAGAUUCAAUAAAUGUGGAUUACAAGAGCUUAGUUGAUUCAACAUUGAAAGAAGAUUACGAUCAAAUAGAAAUGGAAAGAAUAAUUUAUUGUGCAGCUGCUAGCCUAUACAGUCCAUCCUCAAAACUAAGGCCAACAAUGGGACAGAUAGUUAGAACUCUUGAAGGAAAAAUGCCACAUAAGGAAUUAUGGGUUGUGGAAGGAACGCAGUCAGCUUCUAAUGAUGAUUAUAAAGCAUAUGAACUGAAGACAUAUAAAUAUUCAGAACUAGCACAAGCAACUGGCCAUUUCACCAACGGUAGACUCCUCGGCGGCGGGGGCUUUGGUUCUGUCUAUAGGGGAUCCCUUCCGAGAGAGAAAGAAGUAGCAAUUAAGAAACUUAAUUAUGAGAUCAGUGGACAGGAACAAGAAGAAUUUGAAAAGGAGGUUAAUGCCGUUGGCAUUGUGCGCCAUGGAAAUCUUGUUAAGCUGGUUGGCUACUGCAAUGAAGACUCUGACAGAUUGCUUGUUUUAGAGUUUGUCACCAACAAAUCCUUGAGAUAUCAUCUAAAUGAUGAACAGCGAAGAUCAAAUUUGAAAUGGUCAGAGAGAAUGAAAAUUGCUAAAGGUUCUGCAAAGGGAUUAGCAUAUUUGCAUGAAGAAUGUAAUUCUAAAAUCAUCCAUCGUGAUAUUAAAGCUGAAAAUAUACUUCUUGAUGAAAAUUGUAAGCCAAAGAUUGCAGAUUUUGGACUUGCAAAGUUUUUUCCAAUAACUAAUAGUGUCACUCACAUCAGCUCUCGUUGGAAGGGAACCAACGUCUAUGCAGAUCCAGAAAAUUACUAUACUCAACAAGGAAAAUCUAUUCAACAACUUUCUGACAAAUCCGACGUCUAUUCUUUUGGUGUUGUGCUUCUAGAACUUAUUUCUGGACGUGUUGUGCUUCUAGAACUUAUUUCUGGAAGAAAAAUUAACGAUGAACAUCAAGUUGAUAUUGUGAAGUGGGCAAAGCCUUUGAUGAUCAAAGGAGAUUCAGUCGAAAUCAAUUACAGUAGUCUUGUUGAUUCCACAUUGAAAGGACAUUACGAUAAAAAAGAAAUGGAAAUAAUGAUUUAUUGUGCUGCUGCUAGUAUAUAUCGACCUGCUAAACUUCGACCAAGAAUGAAACAGAUAGUUGAAGCUCUUGAAGGAAACAUGUCUCCCAGUGAAUUAUGGGCUGUGGAAGAUGUUAAGUUUAUAUCUCGAAAGCUAAAUGAAACGGAACUGGAGCCUCCUUCAUUGCUGAAGAAAUUUGAUUUUCGUUUUCUAGCCGAGGCAGCUGGUGAUUUCUCAGGAAAACACCAUCUUCGACAGCAUGACUUGUGUCCAGUCUAUAAGGGAGUGCUUCCAGGUAGUGAUCAAAGAAAGGUGGCAAUUAAGAGACUUAAGUACGAGUUCUCUCAACAGAAUAAACAGGAAUUCGAGAAGGAGAUUAUGGCCAUUAGCAAUGUUAAUCAUCGAAAUAUUGUUAAUCUAAUUGGAUACUGCAGUGAUGAGGAAGACAAUAGACUGCUUGUUUUUGAGUUUGUAGCCAACAAUUCCUUGAAAUUUCAUUUACAUGAAAAUGGAGGAUCAACUAUAGAGUGGACAAGGAGAAUGGAAAUCGCCAAAGGCGCGGCCAGAGGAUUGAAAUAUAUGCAUGAAGACAGUGGACACAAAAUUUUACAUUUGUAUGUCAAGUCCGAUAACAUUCUUUUGGAUGAUAAAUUUAUACCAAAGCUUGCAGAAUUUGGAAGUGCCAAGAUUUUCCCGGAUUCUGUUACUCAUCUCUCUAUCAGCAAAAUUAUGCAAAAUUCCGGAUAUAUGGCUCCUGAGUAUCAAUCUACCAGCAAGUUGACUGAUAAGCUUGACAUUUAUUCCUUUGGUGUAAUUCUUUUGGAGUUGAUUACCGGGAAACAACCAGUUGGUCAUUUCAGUGGUCACAAGAACAUGGUUAAAUGGGCUAAGCCACUGCUCUCACAAAGUCCAUUGGAAGGAAAGGACAAGUUCGAUUUUGUUGAUAAGAAAUUACAGAAUAAGUACGACACUGAACAAAUGGGUCGAAUGGUUGCUUGUGUUUUAGCUUGUGUAGAUGAUAAUCCAGAACGUAGGCCACGAAUGAGUCAGAUACUUGAUGUUCUGGAAGGGAAUAGAAGUUUGGACGAAACAAUCCUGUUUCUAAAUCUGAACCUCUGAUGACAUCCUUUGAUGGUGUAAAAGACACUCUUUUUGGCUUCUCAUCAGAUUUUUCAUUUCAAGAAUGUGAUUUAGAAUCUUAGAUUUUUUGACUUAGAAGUUAAGAAUUCAGGGGUGUUUGUUAUUUUGACAGAUUUUUGACGGAUCAUUCCAUCUGAAACGUUAGCAGAAUCUAUCUAAUAACUAAUUUAUCGCUAA